AUGGCGCCCAUUCCAAAGACUCAAAGAACUAUUCACGAUGACUCUACCUCUAUUGGUAGACGCUUCGUUGAUCUUGCCAAGUUUCUGUCCUCACUAAAAGGCGACUUGGAUCUCGCAAAUGUCACAGCUCCUCCAUUCUUCCUCGCCCCAUCUUCAGUUGUAGAAAACCCAGGAAGCUGGGCUCAACGACCAUGCCUUUUUACAGCCCCUACCAACGAACUCGAUCCAGCAAAGCGAAGCUUGUCGGUUCUACAAUUAUUCCUUGCAGGUCUUCGAAGUCAGCUGUACGUGGCUGGUGCACCCAACGUCAGCAUCAAGAAACCUCUCAACGCAUUCCUCGGUGAACAGUUUCUUGCUUCAUGGACCGAAGGAGACAGUAACACGAGAUUAGUCGUCGAGCAGGUCAGCCAUCAUCCACCAAUCACUGCUAUGCAUAUUGCCAGUGAAGGCAUCAGAGCAGAUGGAUACGGCAGAGUCGAGAUGACGUUUAAUGGAAACAUCAACAUUCGUCAGAUGGGCCAUGCAAUCAUUCACCUGGAUAGAUUCGACGAAGAUUAUCUGGUCCCACUUACGGAUGUCACCGUACGAGGAUUUAUGUCUGCCUGUCUUUAUCCAGAGAUCAUCGGCACAUACACCAUCAAUUCAAGUUCGGGAUAUGUCUCAGAGAUUGAUUUCUCAGGAACAGGCUUCUUCAGGGGAAAGAGGAAUUCUUUCGAAGCGAGGGUCUACCACAAAGAUCAACCCAAAAAGAUUUGCUACAAGGUUUCUGGCGUGUGGAGCGAGGGCUGGAAGAUUACCGAUGCCAAUGGCAAGGUGGAGAUAUAUACUGUUGAACCAGAAACAUCAUCCAUGAACAUCAAUCCCAUCGAAAAGCAAGACCCACGGGAAUCAAGACGAGCAUGGGGAGAUGUCAUUUCAGCUCUGCAACAAGGGAAUUAUAGAGACGCAUCUGCAGCGAAACAUACAGUGGAGGAAGCCCAACGACAAAAGAGGAAAGAAGAAAAGGCUUCAGGAAAGAUAUGGCAGCCAGCUUUGUUUAAUAGUGUUCCGGGAGAGGAGCAUGACGUGUUUCAUCGGUUAUCAAAAGGUACCAAGUGGCAGCUUUAUGAUGAAGAGACGAGAGGAGUUUGGAGACUUAAUGAGGAGAGUUUACAUCAAGUAGAUGCUAGAGAUUGAGAUGAUUUGGAAUAGAUACCCGUUUAGAUUAGUUUAUGAGAUGAUCUGACUAUUUACCACA